GCUUCGCGGCGUCAUCUUCUCGACGGCCUUGGCGGCGUUGGCGACGGCGCGUAGACUCUUUACAGGGGCGACCCGUAUCCCUCCGCCGCCGGCGCGGCCCGGCCUUCCGUCCCAUGGUCCGCCAAUCCCCGUGCCUCCCGACCUGCCCUUCGGCCUGUGCCCACCCCACGCUCUGGCGGCCCCACCCCAGCGGCGCCGCCCGCCCGCACGCGCGUCCCUCGGUCCACCUGCAGCAGGCAGGAAGGCAGGCAGUCUCUGGUUGUCAGCUCGAGAGGCGCCUGCCAAGCCCAAGGCUUGGGUUCUUGCUCCCUGGCGGAGGGAUCCGUGGAGGCUAAGGAGGCGGCGCUGAACCUAGAAGGAAGAGGCAGCUGCGGCGGCGGCUCGAGCGGCAGCGCAUAAAGGGGCCGCCGCCGGGUGAUGCGGUGACCGCUGCGGCAGGCUCAGGAGCCGAGUGGGCCUCGGCCCUCAGCCGGUCCCGCCGGGCCCGCACACCCUAACUCUCCACCUUCUCCGGCCGACCCGCUAUCGCCGAGGCGGCCUCGCAUCCCCUCGCCCCUUCCCCGUCCCCGUCCCCGCCCCCGUCCCCGCCCCGGGGGCCAGCGCCACCCACCUCCCACGAUGGCUCUGAAGAGAAUCCACAAGGAAUUGAAUGACCUGGCACGGGACCCCCCAGCACAGUGUUCAGCAGGUCCUGUUGGAGAUGAUAUGUUCCAUUGGCAAGCUACAAUAAUGGGACCAAAUGACAGUCCCUAUCAGGGUGGAGUAUUUUUCUUGACAAUUCAUUUCCCAACAGAUUAUCCCUUCAAACCACCUAAGGUUGCAUUUACAACAAGAAUUUACCAUCCAAAUAUUAACAGUAAUGGCAGCAUUUGUCUUGAUAUUCUACGGUCACAGUGGUCUCCAGCACUAACUAUUUCAAAAGUACUCUUGUCCAUCUGUUCUCUGUUGUGUGAUCCCAAUCCAGAUGAUCCUUUAGUGCCUGAGAUUGCUCGGAUCUACAAAACAGAUAGAGAAAAGUACAACAGAAUAGCUCGGGAAUGGACGCAGAAGUAUGCGAUGUAAUUAAAGAAAUUAUUGGAUAACCUCUACAAAUAAAGAUAGGGGAACUCUGAAAGAGAAAGUCCUUUUGAUUUCCAUUUGACUGCUUUCUAUGAGCCCACGCCUCAUCUUCCCCUGUGCACAUGUUUACCUGAUACAGCAGUGCUACGUGUUGUACAUACUUGGAACAACAAACUAGAAAUACUGUACUCCUGUACCAACAUUGCCUCCUAGCAGAGAAGUGUGUGUGUGACAAGCCAGUUCUCCAGGCGUAACCUAGGUGUGAGACUAAAAGCUUUCCUUACUGACGUAUUUGGAUAACGGCAAGGUGAGGGGUGGUAGGUAUGGUGUGUGCUUGGAUGGGAAAAAACAGCACCACUGACAUGUAGGAGAAUGUUUUUAAGUGGAAUCCUUUUAAACUUUAAAACAGUUAUGAAAAGGAAGGUGAAGAACAUGAAACUAUUUCUGUAUUCAUUUUAUUCUGAAGGACUUACAUCUUAGGUGACAGUUAUGACCAACCAGAUUAAACUCUACCCGCACAUCCUGUAUUUUAAGGUCUAAGUUUAACUGGUAAACGUUUAAAUGGAUUGGAGCUAUUAGUAUGGCUUUUUCCCCAACUCUUUUACGUCUUCCCACCCCUUCAACCUUUGUCUACUCAGCCUCUCUUUUUCUCUUCCAUAUUCUUUGGUUUGUAUGUGGUUUCUCAGUUAAUACAUAGCUAAUAGCUCUUAUUUUUCUUAUAUUUUUAACCGCUUAGGUCUAUCUGGAUGUAAGGGUGAAAAUACAUUUGAUGGAAAUACUUGUGUAUAUUUAAAGACCCAGUCGCUCCUCUGGAGCUUGUACGUUCAAGAAUGAUUAAUCUGUGUAAUAAACUGAUUACUACAGUCAUUACAUAUACCUUUGUGUGAAUAGGCUUUUUGAUUUUAAGAAUUUUGUCUAGCUCAGAUUAGUGGUGGAUUUUCCCCCACUUCUGAAAUGUUUUCAAAUAUAUUGGUUGCAUUUUAAAAUCAUGAAACAAUUCCAGUUUACAUAGUAAAAGAAAUAUCUUGAGGCUGAUAUUACUGAACAAGAUAGGGGCAUAAGCUUAAAAGCAUUUCUAUAAAACUUUAGAUGAAUAGCAUUCCAAGAACAUGACUGUUAAACUAAAUAAGAAAUUUGCUUUAUUAAUGAAACUAAGCUGAAUUUCACCAAAACCUUGUGACAUUCCCUUGGUACAUAGGACAUAGAACACAAAGGUAUUGCUAAAUGGUAAGUUAAGCCUCUGUGAUUGUAAUUGUAAAAGAGCAACAUUGACCAAACCUGGGAAACAUGAGCACAAUCUCAUAUUGGACAGUCUACAUAAUUACUUUGCACUAACAUUUGCAGGAUGUUCAUCCAAUUUUAAAUUGUACUGUAUGUGGCUUUUUUGAAGUCUUCCCUUGACUCUAGUAAAAUGUAGUUUGAAACUUGUAAACAAAUGUGUUUGCCAAAAAAACAUUGUUCGUGUGAACUAGGCAAGUUACCUUUUUUCCUCCCCUUCUCCUAAUCUAAUUGUAAACCAGGCCAGCCCAAAGGCCAUGGCUGAUGCUCUCUAGCUAUCAGGUUCUUUCAAAUGCAUCUUUACACUCUUGCACAAAAAAUGAGGAAUAAAUGUCCACUGCUUUUGGUUUUAAA